AUGUCAGCAGAUGAAAGUUCGGACGACACCGAGAUCUUCCAAGUUGAAGUGGGCUUUCACGAUGAAAACGAAUGUCGGUCCGUUCUCGAACCGCUUGCAAAUCAAAAUCAGUGUAGUUUCGAGCAACAAUUUGGUGUACAAAAGGUUGCACUUACGGUGCCACGAUCGUUUGCCGAUGAUAAUCAUCAGCAGCGUGCUUCAACAGUAUUACAGUCUAUCACAGUCGAUGGCAAAAGUUUUCGGCUUGGGAUUUAUAACGGCGAAAUUAAAGUACUUUUAGAAGCAAUUGAAUAUCAAGUGGCUGAUAUAAUUGCAAUCUGUUCAGAGAGUGGAAUACUGCGAAAUAUUGUCUUAACAGCUGCCGGAACAGCCGUUUCUGCAGAAUAUCAGAGAAUACAAUCUCAGCAACCCUGGCUUGAAACUCCACCCGGAUCACUAAAAUGUAAAAAAAUCGUCCAUUACACAUUGGGAUUGGAUGCGCUAAAUAUAUGUCUUACACUUUUCGUUAAAAUGUGGGUGGCAAACGCGUACGAUAAUAAUUAUCAGAGUAUUGCCUUUGGUGUUGAAAAUCCAGCAUUUGCAUCGUCAAUGAUUGCUCUUGUAAAACAAUCAUUAGAACGGCACCGAAAACCAUUAUCUGUGUUAUUCGUUAUAUCAGAAAGAGACCUUGCUAAAAUCACAUUGAAGAGUUCCUCCUCAAGUCAACCUGAUCUAAAAAAAUGUCGUUCGGAAAUGGAAGAAGUGUGUAAAAAUAGUUUAAUAAAAUCUUUAAUCGAAAAUACAUCUGAUUUACGUGAAUGGACACAAUCAACAGUUAAACGUUACUUUGAAUUUUGUGUGGGGGUAAAACAAGUACUGCCUAGAAUGGAUAUUGGAAAUGGUAUUGUUGAGUUGAAAGGAUCUGCGGCUCAUGUAGAGGAUUGUAAAAAUUACUUUAACGAAUUAAACAGUGGUUUGUUAAAUCAAGCAAAAAAGGUCGCUCGAGCCCAGAGUGUUGUAUGGUCAUAUGUCCAUCCUGAGACAAAUCAGUGGGCACAAUAUCCAAUUAAACUCAAUGCGGAAAUUGAAGAUGCAUUUCAGAAAAGAUUACCGGUACAGAAGAAAAAAAAUCAAGGAAAUCUGUUAAGCUUCCGUGUGUUUCCUCGUACAGGAUAG